GUCAUUGAUCGUUGAGACUUGGGAUGUUGAUCUUGUCGCGUGGCUAAUUGACUCUUGGGAUAAACUCUCCUUGCUUGGAUUGAAUACACAGCUGUUGGUGUACCUACAUGAACCGGACGUCAACCACUUGACCACCUCACCACCGACAGACAGACAGACAGACACGGACAAUCAACGCAUUGAUCGACCAACGCUACUACUACAUCGUGCAACCCAUUGGACUCCAACCACUCAGUCCGAUCCCACACCCAUCCUUUCUUCCUCUGGCUCACUCGCCUCACUUACGCCCUCAAUUGCAAAGCUCAAAGACCUCCACCAAAAUGACCACCCCAAAAUACAACCUCCGCAACCCCCUCCCCCUCUCCGCCACCCAAGAAGCCGAAGUCAAACAAAUAUACUACAAGCGCGUACGAGGCCACUGCGCCCCCGAGAUCAAGGCCUUCGCCGAAUGCGCCGUCAACCGCACGGUAACAGCCACCUGGGUGUGCCGGGAGCAGCGGCUGGCGAUGAACUCGUGCAUGCUGGCGCACGCCAAACCGGAGGAGGAGGACCGGGCGCGGGAGGAGUGGUUCGCGACGCACGAGGAGCGGCGGCGCGCCGAGCAGGCCAAGUUGGAUGCCGUCGAGGAGCGGCGCGCGCAGGUCAUCUCGAUGAUGCGGGCGGAUGAUGAGCGGCGGCGGCGGCAGGAGGAGGAGAAGCUGCGGCAGCAGCAGCAGCAGCAGAAGUAGGAUGCGCCCGGGGUGUAUAUUCUUUCUUGAUUUGUGUUAGAUUGGGCGGGGUUUAGGAUGAGCAGUGGAUUGAGUUUUGGAGCUGGAGGUCAGUUCACACCAUUGGAGCUGGACGGGGGCGGGAGUGGGGAUGGGGAUGCAUGAGGAUAUGCGAAGUCUGGGGCUCUCUUCAUGGGCGUUAUGUUUUUCAUUUGUUUAUGCUGUACGAUAUGGCGUUUAUGUUUCUUUAUUUUUUUUUCUGUCUGGUCGUUGUAUGCAGGUUACCUUUUAGAAAGCAUAUCUGUACAUGUAUAGUAUGGACCAGAGAGUGGCUGAGGGUUCGAGGAUUCAAAAGUGGCUGGGGAGCAGAAG